AUGUACAAAUCCAACUACGAUAUCUACAAGUGCGAUAGCCUGGACAGCAGACGCUCACCACCACCGCCAUCAGAUGAGCUGCUCUCCCCGUUAGCUGAGCUCUAUCCACAUGUGGCAGCCAUGCAGCCGCAGUACAACCCAAACAACUGCGCCUUCACCGGUUAUCGCCACAUAGACUACUGGGCCGCAGCCUACUCUACGCAGCCCACAGAUGAAGCUACUAUGUUCUCAAGGCGCGGAAGUGAACAACCACCAUGCCGCCGCUUUGUCUCCAAGCUUCGUCGCCUCCUCAACCGGGACGAUUUAAAACAUCGACGACGGUCCGGGGCGACCGCCAGAACGACACUCUCUUGA